AUGUCGGGCACGUCAUCUUCCCUCCUGGACCCCGCUGCUCUAUUGGAGCUACUUCCUACCCUGCUGCCCAGUGACCCAUCAUCUUCGCCCCAUGAUGAGGCCGGCGGGAGUAGCGCAGCUCCGUCUCGCGAACAAGCGUCCCUUUCUCAGCUACACAACCCUAUUGAGGCCCUCGUAGCCCUUCUUCACUCCAUCUUCACGCGCUUGGACUUUCGAUUCCUCGGACUUCACACUCCGCAGUCUCCGCCUCCAUCCUCCAAUGUGCUGCCGCCAACAUGGGCCGGUUCGAGCAGCUCUGGCUCUUUCGCAUUGUCAUACGCCCACCCUCAGUCAUCGCUCAGGUUCCUGGUCAGAGCAAGCACACUAGGGCCUAGGAUCAUCAUCAACGCCACAGCUCUCGAAGGGCAAGACCGCAGCGCCAGCUUGGAGCUGGAGGUCGACAGGUUCACUAGCAAAAAUUUCUGGCCUUGGCCGCGCUCAGCCUCUCAAGCUACCACUUCAUCAGCGCCGGAGCCAUUGGUGAACGGCUACGUCUCCUCGAGCCGCAUCAUGGAUUUCGUCUCGGAGGUGCAGCUCCACAUCGUACAGCGCCUGUUGCCAGGUCUGCACAAGGCAGGCUACGAGGAGUUACCAGAUCCUUCACCAUCGUCAGCUUCGUCGUCUCAGCCCUCCUCAUCACGCCGGCAACCGCCACCAGAGCCUCAUCCAUCUGGUCCCAUCGCUGACGAUCCUCGUUAUCCCGGCGCAACUGGUGGGCCCCUCUUUCCAGGUCCGAGGAACCCUCUCGCAGUAGGAGAUAGAGAUCGUGAUCCGCUCGGUGGUCUCGGUGGCGUGGGAGGGUUCGGUCCACCUCCCUUAUUCCCUGGUGGGGAUGAUGGCGGCGGAAUGUUUGUUGGUCCGAAUCAUCCAAUGUUCCGAGACAGGUUCGAUCCUACGAGAGGUGACGUGCCACCAUUCGGCGCCCCCCAACCAGGAGGCAACCCGUUCGCUGGACCGGUGCCGCCUGGUGCUAGAUUCGAUCCAGUGGGACCUGGUGGAAUAGGUGGCUUUCCCAGGCCUGGCGUUGGGGGUCCCUUGGGCGGACCAGGAAGACCAGGCCAAGGCAACAGGCAACCCACAGGCGAUCCAGACUGGGAUGAUGUGAGGCCUCCGAGAAACAGCGACUACGACAACAUGUUCAUGUAG